AUGGACGAUAUUGCUUUAGAAUAUCGAUAUCAGCGGCCAAAAUGCGUGAAAGGCCUUUCAAGUUUAGAUCUUGAUGGCAUAGUAUCGUUCAUUAAUGAAGGAAAUGCUAAAAAAAUUCUGAUUUUUUCAGGAGCUGGAACUUCUGUCGCAUCUGGAAUUCCAGACUUUAGAUCUCCCAAAAUAGGACUAUAUAGUCAGUUGAAAAAGUACAAUUUACCCCGUCCAGAAUCAAUUUUUACCAGGGAUUAUUUUAAAUAUCAUCCUGAGCCAUUCUUUUCACUCAUAAAAUUCUUUCUUCCAGGUAAAUACAAGCCUUCUCCAGCACAUUUUCUUGCAAAAUUAUUUGAAAAUCAUGGGAUUUUACUUAGACAUUAUUCACAGAACAUUGACGGCCUUGAUAAAGCCGCAGGACUUUCGGAAGAGCAUCUUGUUGAGUGGCAUGGAACACUUUCCAAAGCAACAUGCCGUAAGUGUUCCAAGAAAUACACAUUAGAUGAUAUAAAACCUAAAAUUUUAGCAGAAGCAGUUCCCCGUUGUUCAUGUGGCGGGGUUAUACAGCCAGACGUGAUGCUCUAUGGUGAUUACAAUGAUGACGACUUAUACACUCACCUCGAUAAGGAUGUCGAGCAAGCAGACCUUCUCUUUGUUCUCGGAACAUCUCUGAAAGUUGAACCCUUUCCUUCAAUGAUCGAAAAUGUAUCCUAUUCAAUUCCUAGAGUUUUGAUAAAUGCGGAUCCUGUUUGCACAUAUGAUGAAAAACUAGAUAUAAAGGAUGGACUUGUAACUGAAGUCGGAAAGGAAAAGAAAUUUAAUUUAUUUAAGUUUGGCCACUUCUUUAAUACAAGAGAUAUAUUCAUUCCUGGUGAUAUACAAGAGAAUGUUAUCAAACUAAUAGAAAAACUUGGUUGGAAAAAUGAAUUUGAUGAAAUUUACAACAAAACUUUAAAUAAAUAUCAAGAUUAA